UGAACAGACUGUAGCAACGCAACUAGCACAGACCGGACAGGCUCGGGAACACCGGAUCAAAUAGAGGCUCUUCACACGAGACAGUAGUGGUGGGGAGUCGACUCCCAUUUCUGGAUGUCAAGCUUCAUUUCCGCUAUGAAUCAACUCCUAAGAUCCAGUAUCUUUGCAACGGAGGAAACUAUUUGCUUUAGGGUGGGUUGCACCAACAUGGAUUAACUCUUAAACUGGGUUAAAUCAAGGUUUAUCUAUUAAUCUUGUUGCACCAAAUUUAAAUGUAGUUUUAAAUUAAUCCUAGUUAAAUUAAAUCCUUCCUCUAAUCUAAGUUUAGUUUUCACUUUAAACCUAGAUUUAUUUUAAGCCUGUUGCUUAAUGAAUAAAAAAUACAUUUAGAUUGGAGAUUAAUUCUAAACUGCCACUUGAGGUGGUUGAACUGAUCAAAUGGCAGCAUAUCUACUGUGGAGAGACCAAAACGACAGAGUUCCUCAGAGAAUAAUUCGAGACAGGUUGAACCCUGUUGAGUUUUAUGAUAACGAUGAGUUUUCAAGGAGACACCGCUUCAUAAGGACUCUGUAAUGCAACUGGGCAGAAAGGUUGGACCAAGCAUUAAGCAUGGGAGUGAUAGGAACGAGGCUGUACCUCCCACUACUUUUCCAAGGACUCUGUAAUGCAACUGGGCAGAAAGGUUGGACCAACCAUUAAGCAUGGGAGUGAUAGGAACGAGGCUGUACCCCCACUACUGCAGCUCCUGGUGACCCUACGGUUCUAUGUGACUGGAUGUUUCCAGAUGGUGGAUGAGGACCUUUUCUGGACUCCACAAGUCAACCGUCUGCAGGAUUGUAGUCAGAGUGUCCAGUGAUAUUGCCGGUCUGAAGAAUCAGUACCUCAGGUUCAGUCCUACAGAGGAAACAGCAGCUGGAUGUUUACAGGAGAGCUAGAUUCCCAGGUGUACUAGGGGCAAUAGACUGUUCACACAUUCACAACAGGCAUAUCUUAUGACUCCCCUUUUAACCCCCCAGACACCUGAAGAGAGAGAAUAGAACGCCUCUCAUAUCCUGGCAGGAGGUCUCAUAGAGAGAGUUUUUGGAGUGUGGAACAAAAGAUUCCCCUGCCUAAAGGAGGGGUUCUGCACGGAGAUGGACACUACACUGACAAUCAUUAUUGCAGUGGCAAUUCUGUAUAACUUUGGCAAGAGACAAGGAGUCGAUCUACCCGAGGAGGAUCUACCCGAGGAGGACCUACCCGAGGAGGACCCACCCGAGGAGACCGCGGAGGACCCACCCGAGGAGACCGCGGAGGACCCACCCGAGGAGACCGCGGAGGACCCACCCGAGGAGACCGCGGAGGACCCACCCGAGGAGACUUUGGAGGACCAAGCUGCCGAUGCCAAUGGGAAUGCUGUGAGGAGAACCUUGAUUGAGAACGAUUUUGCAGCCUAAGGGUGAUGGCGGUGAAUGUAUUCUCCAUCUCUUCGGCUCUGGAGAACCUGAGUCGUCAUGAGAUGCUGUCCUGGGUCAAUGACUCUCUACGGCUCACCUACACCAAGAUAGAACAGCUGUGUUCAGGUGCAGUGUAUUGUCAGUUCAUGGACAUGCUGUUCCCUGGCUGUGUCCUGCUGAAGAAGGUGAAGUUCGCAGCCCGGCUGGAACAUGAGUUCAUCAACAACUUCAAGGUCCUACAGGCCUCCUUCAAGAGAAUGGGCGUAGACAAGAUCAUCCCAGUAGAGAGGCUGGUGAAGGGGAGGUUUCAGGAUAACUUUGAGUUCAUCCAAUGGUUUAAGAAGUUUUUUGAUGCCAACUACGACGGGAAGGACUAUGACCCUGUGGCCACACGCCAGGGGCAGGAAGGCACCCCCUCACCCAACCCAGGACCCCAGAGGACAUCUCCCACGGUGACCAAGACAGCCCCCUCCAGGCAGAUCAACUCUGUCUCCAUCCGCAGGGCGACGCCCACUAGAGCAACCAGGCCGUCAGACGCUGAGAUCCUCGAACUGAACCAGCAGAUGUUGGAUCUGAAGCUGACAGUGGAUGGUCUAGAGAAAGAGAGAGAUUUCUACUUCAGUAAACUGAGAGACAUCGAGCUGAUCUGUCAGGAGAAUGAGACCAACACCAGCCCAACACUCUCCAAGAUCAUGGAUAUACUGUACGCUACUGAGGGCGAGGUUGAGAAAGAGAAUACCUUCUCAGACAACUUACCUGAUCACUAAAGGAUGGCUUCAUGGCGCCAGAGUACGACAAGGUGGAGGAGGCGCCACAGGGAGACGAGGAAGAUUACUAAACACACCUCCGUUCUCUUCAUCACUCUACACCUCCGUUUUCUUCAUCACUCUACACCUCUUCAUCACUCUACACCUCCUCUUCAUCACUCUAUACCUCCUCUUCAUCACUCUACACCUCUGUUUUCUUCAUCACUCUACACCUCCUUUCUCUUCAUCACUCUACACCUCCUCUUCAUCACUCUACACCUCUUCAUCACUCUACACCUCCGUUCUCUUCAUCACUCUACACCUCCUCUUCAUCACUCUACACCUCCUCUUCAUCACUCUACACCUCCUCUUCAUCACUCUACACCUCUGUUCUCUUCAUCACUCUACACCUCUGUUCUCUUCAUCACUCUACACCUCCUUUCUCUUCAUCACUCUACACCUCCUUUCUCUUCAUCACUCUACACCUCCUCUUCAUCACUCUACACCUCCAUUUUCUUCAUCACUCUACACCUCCUCUUCAUCACUCUACACCUCCAUUUUCUUCAUCACUCUACACCUCUUCAUCACCUCCCUUCCCUAAUUUUUUACUCUCUUUCUUUUUCGUUCUGUUGCACAGCCCCCUCCUUCACCUUCUCUUCUGCCAUCCUCUCCCAACCACCCCCAAGACAUGUCUGCUCCGGACAGUUCAUCUGAAUCGGCAUUCUUAGCAGGACACUAGACUAAUAGCUAGCUCUGAACAGUUCAUCUGUAUGGGAGAUGUUAGCAGGAUGCUAGGCUAACAGCUAGCUCUGAACAGUUAAUCUGUAUGGGAGGUGUUAGCAGGGUGCUAGGCUAAUGGCUAGCUCUGAACAGUUAAUCUGUAUGGGAGGUGUUAGCAGGGUGCUAGGCUAAUGGCUAGCUCUGAACAGUUCAUCUGUAUGGGAGGUGUUAGCAGGAUGCUAGGCUAAUAGCUAGCUCUGAACAGUUAAUCUGAAUGGGCAUCGUUAGCAGGAUGCUAUGCUAAUAGCUAGCUCUAUAUAGGUAAUCCGAAUGGGCAUUGUUAGCAGGAUGCUAGGCUAAUAGCUAGCUCUGAACAGUUCAUCUGUAUGGGUGUUGUUAGCAGGACACAAGACUAAUAGCUAGCUAUGAACAGUUCAUCUGAAUGGGCAUUGUUAGCAGGAUGCUAGGCUAAUAGCUAGCUCUGAACAGUUCAUCUGUAUGGGUGAUAUUAGCAGGAUGCUAGGCUAAUAGCUAGCUCUGAACAGUUCAUCUGUUUGGGUGUUGUUAGCAGGAUGCUAGGCUAAUAGCUAGCUCUGAACAGUUCAUCUGUAUGGGUGAUAUUAGCAGGAUGCUAGGCUAAUAGCUAGCUCUGAACAGUUCAUCUGUUUGGGUGUUGUUAGAAGGAUGCUAGGCUAAUAGCUAGCUCUGAACAGUUCAUCUGUAUGGGUGUUGUUAGCAGGACACAAGACUAAUAGCUAGCUCUGAACAGUUCAUCUGAAUGGUCAUUGUUAGCAGGAUGCUAGGCUAAUAGCUAGCUCUGAACAGUUCAUCUGUAUGGGUGAUAUUAGCAGGAUGCUAGGCUAAUAGCUAGCUCUGAACAGUUCGUCUGUUUGGGUGUUGUUAGAAGGAUGCUAGGCUAAUAGCUAGCUCUGAACAGUUCAUCUGUAUGGGUGUUGUUAGCAGGACACUAGACUAAUAGCUAGCUCUACCAAAUAUGGUGAUGAGAGGAAGCACAGUGGCCGGCAGUGGGAGAAGGAUUUUGUCCGACAUUCUGCAAAUUUUAUUUGAGUUAUUGCACACAAGCACUUCAGAAUAGGCGUUCCCUAAUGUAAAUAUGCAAAUAAAUGCUAGAAUGUGCCAAUAGGAUCUCACCUCCUUGUUUGUUCUCCCCACUAUGGUUUAUUUGCUCCCAUUGGAAAUGAUAGACUCCGGUCUAUCUUGGGUUAGUUAUGAAAAUCUUUGGUUAAUCUGUAUGGGAGGUGUUAGCAGGGUGCUAGGCUAAUGGCUAGCUCUGAAACAGUUCAUCUGUAUGGGAGGUGUUAGCAGGGUGCUAGGCUAAUGGCUAGCUCUGAAACAGUUCAUCUGAAUGGGCAUUGUUAGCAGGGUGCUAGGCUAAUGGCUAGUGUAAAUGAGAUGUCAGGUUGUUAGCACAAAGUAUGGAUCUAUAGAGACCUCUGUCUGUAGAUGCAAGGCACACAUCAAACUCCGUCAUCUCUGAACCCAGUCUCGCAUGCUUCUCUCGGAUUGGGAAGAGACUCACUCCACUGACUCACUAACCCAGUUCAGUAUUAGGGCUGGGCAUCUACCUACCAUACACAUAUCAGUCAUCAGUCCCAGCAUUAGUAAUAUGGACUCAGCAGCACCACCAUGUUGUCAGUCGUCAAGUCACCCUGUCGUCAGGGAAACAGCCUGUCGUAAAGAAGCCAUUAACCAGACAGCAUGAUUUUUAUUUCUUAGCGGUUAUUUUCCGUUCCUUCCGAACUCUGGAUUGGAUAGGGUGGAGAAGCUUGCACCAAUGGAAGCAAAACAAACCAAUCAGAAUGAUCCAGAGACCUACAUGUAAGGUGAUUGGGUGAGGCCAGCAGGGAGCAACAUUACAUAACAUUCAGAUAGAACUGGAUAGAACUACAGUAGAACAGACACCAUGUAUGUCAGAAUCAUGUCAGCUCUAUUUCUUCCAUUUCUGUCUGCAACGUUGUGCAGGUUUUAACAAGGUGGUUAAUGUGAAUCUAUUUAUUACCCAGAGAAGGCUUUUAUUAUUCAACUAUAUGAAUGAACAAAAACACACUACUAUACCAUAGAUACUAAUGCGUGAAUAUGGAUUAUUAUUUUUUAGCUGCUGUCUUUGAUUUUGAGUUUUUUUUUUUUUGGUUGUUGACGUGUUGUUGACGUGUUGCACUGCGUUAAAACGCCACAGUCUCUGUCAUGGUGAUUGGGAGCAGGGCUUAGUGGUGACUGACAGCUGUCAGGAGUGACUGACAGCUGCCCCUGGUUGUCAUGGCGUCCCUGUGAUAGACAUGCAUUGUUUGGCAUUUUUAUUACGAGGCUGAAUAAAGAGAUGGGUUCAAAACCAGAA